AUGUCUCCCGUGUCAGCCAGCUCUCGCCUGAACAAGAAUUUGCAUCAGCACUACAGGAGCCUGCCGCAGGGCGACGUGGCCCAGGUGACCUACGUGUGGAUCGACGGCUCCGGCGAGACUUUGCGCUGCAAGACGCGGACGCUGGAGUGCGAGCCGCAGGGCAUUGAGGACCUUCCGGAAUGGAACUUUGACGGCUCCAGCACAUACCAGGCGGACACCUCCAACAGUGACAUGCACCUUGUCCCUGUGCGCAUGUUCCGCGACCCCUUCGCUUUGGACCCCAACAAGCUGGUACUGUGUGAAGUGCUGAAGUUCAACCGCCAGCCCGCAGUUGUUCUGGAGACCAACCUGCGAGUCAGGUGUCGGAAGGUGAUGGAGGACGUGCAGGACCUGAAGGUGUGGUUCGGCAUGGAGCAGGAGUACACUUUGCUUGGGGUCGACGGCCACCCCUUCGAUUGGCCGCAGAACGGGUUUCCGGGGCGACAGGGCCCGUACUACUGUGGUGUGGGGGCAGACAGAGCCUAUGGUAGAGACAUCGUCGAGUGCCACUACAAGGCCUGCCUGUAUGCUGGGAUCAAGGUCGUCGGCACUAACGCAGAGGUCAUGCCCUCUCAGUGGGAGUUCCAGGUGGGCCCAGGGGAAGGGCUGGACGUGGCCGACCAGCUGUGGAUGGCGCGGUUCCUGCUUCACCGCGUGUGCGAGGAUUUUGGGGUGGUGGCGAGUCUGGACCCCAAGCCCAUCACGGGGGACUGGAAUGGUGCAGGCUGCCACACCAACGUCAGCACAGAGGCCAGCAGGGCCGAGGGGGGGCUGCAGUAUAUGGAGGAGGCCAUCGAGAAGCUGAAGGAGCGACACGCCCAGCACAUCCGUGUGUACGACCCUCGCGGGGGCCAGGACAACCUGCGGCGUCUCACGGGACUGCAGGAGACGUCCAGCAUCCACAGCUUCACGGCCGGCGUGGCCGACCGCGGCGCCAGCGUCCGCAUCCCGCGCCAAGUGGGCCUGCAGGGGUGGGGGUACUUCGAGGACCGGCGGCCCGCGGCCAACUGCGACCCCUACGCCGUCACCGAGGUCAUUGUCCGCACCUGCUUCCUGGGAUGCCCUGGGGGGGGGGACUCCCCUGAGCCGGGGGCCCGUCUCCUGCACCAAGCGGGAUGGUUGGAGGCCUGA